GAAAACCAAACGAUGGUUACAGAAUUCAUCCUUCUGGGAUUCGGAGACAACCCAGAUCUUCAGAUAUUUCUCUUUUUGAUAGUCCUUAUUAUCUACACGGUGACCAUGGUUGGGAACAUCCUCAUCGUUGUUCUUGUUGUGACUGACCAACACCUGCACACACCAAUGUACUAUUUCCUGGGAAAUCUUUCCUGUUUGGAGACCUUCUAUAGUUCUACCAUUCUCCCCAGGAUGUUGGCCAGUUUUGUGACUGGAAACAGAUCCAUUUCUUUCAUUGGCUGUUUUCUACAGAUGUAUUUCUUUGGUUCUCUUGCUGCAACAGAAUGUUUCCUCUUGUCCGCCAUGUCAUAUGACAGAUACCUGGCCAUCUGCAAACCUUUGCAUUACACAACCCUGAUGAACCAUAGAGAUUGCCUACAUUUAGUUGUUGGGUCUUGGAUAAGUGGCUUUCUAGGAAACAGCAUAUUGUUUCCUCUGCUGCAGUUAACAUUCUGCGGAAGAAAUGACAUCGAUCAUUUCUUUUGUGACUUCAACCCCUUACUAAAAUUAGCCUGCAGUGACAUUCAUAAAAUAGUCAUUUUGGCUUUUAUCAUUGCUUGCAUAUUCACAUUGCCUCCUUUUCUCUUGACUGUGACAUCCUAUGUUUGCAUCAUUGCCACCAUCCUGAGAAUCCCCUCUUCUGUAGGAAGGCAGAAGGCUUUCUCGACCUGCUCCUCCCACCUCAUAGUGGUCACCAUUUUCUAUGGCACACUGAUGAUUGUCUAUAUGCUGCCUAACACCCAAGCACUGGGAGACCUGAACAAAGUCUUCUCGGCCUUUUACACGGUCUUGACCCCUAUGGCAAAUCCCCUUAUAUACAGCUUGAGAAACAAAGAGGUCAAACAGGCCUUGAAGAAAGUUCAAGAAAAAAUAAUGCCAGCUAGAUUCCUAAGCUAA